ACCUAAAUUCAGUUGUUCCCAAGCCGCGAGGAAGGCAAAAUCAAAAAAAAAAUUACGUUGACAGGCGAAAAAAAAAACAAAAAAAAAUACUUGGAAAUACAAAAAUAAUAAUCAAGCGUUGCCGUUUCAAUUUGUUGCCUUAGGCUCUAACUAAUAACCACAAAAAUGACCGAUCUAAGUGAAGAGGCCUUCAAUUUACGUCUGGGCUAUGUGAAGCCGGAAACUUUGGAAAUUGCCCGCACCGAAUUAAGGGAAACGGAUGAAGUCAAAGCGGAGGCCAUUAAAAAACUAAGGGAACUGCUAAAGGCGACACCAGAACUGAAUUACAAGGAUGACGACGCCUUUCUCACAAUCUUCCUACGUGCCUGUCAUUUCUAUCCAGAAAGUGCAUUGGAAAAGAUGAAAACCACCGCCAAUUUCCGUAAGGAAUAUGCUUCUCUUGUUCAUGGUCUUGAGGUGGCACAGGUGAAGGAGAAAUUUGUCAAGGGCAGCGUUAUAAAUGUCCUAAAGAACUGCGAUCAGAAGGGUCGUCGUGUACUGAUUGUCAAUUGUGGCAAAUUGUGGGAUCCCUCGGAAAUCAACAGCGAUGAAAUGUUCCGUAUGCUGUAUAUGGUACACAUUGCCGCCCAAUUGGAGGAGGAAACCCAAAUUCGUGGUGUCGUUUGCAUCAUGGACUUUGAUGGUUUGGCCAUGAAACAGGUCAAGGCCCUGUCGCCCAGUUUCUCGAAACGUUUGCUCACCUUCAUCCAAGAGGCCAUGCCGCUGCGCAUGAAGGAAGUGCACUUCGUGAAGCAACCAUUCAUCUUCAAUAUGGUAUGGUCCCUCUUCAAGCCCUUCGUCAAGGACAAGCUGAACAAGAGAAUGCACUUCCAUGGCAGCGAUAUGAAAUCUCUGCACAAGUUCCUUGAUCCCGCCUUCUUGCCGGCCAAUUACAAGGGCACUCUACCUGCCAUUGAUUAUGGCGGCGUUGAAUGGUUCCCCACCCUGGAGAAACAGUCCGCCUAUGUGUCCGAAUGGAGCGAAUUGGGCCCUGCUCAGUGGUGAUGAUUCAAUAGUCCAGCGAUUUUAGUUUUUACAUUUACAUCUGUAAAUACUUAUCUACAAUACAUACAUUUAUAUGUUUCUUUAUAGUUUUAGUAACAAUUCAUUUGGCAAUAAAAAAAAAAUAUACAAAUUAAAACUACUUUUAUAAUAUAAA